CUGUCCCGCCUCCCCGGCCGCGGCGGCUGUCACGGGGCGAGCGGGCCGCACCGGGCUCCUGCGGGGCCCCGUGCCUUCCCUUCGGCCUGGCCGCGGCUGCCCGGCGGCAUCCGCGCUCUACCACCAUGCUCAGGCGGAUUCUGCAGCGGACUCCAGGUAGAGGUGGGUCUCAGAGCUUGGAUUCGGAUUCAUCUGCCACACCUGGAAAUGCUGUGGAUGUGAACAACGAAGGCUCCUCAGAGGGCUUCAUCUGUCCAUUGUGUAUGAAAGUGUGUGUAACUCCCACUGAUCUGUCUGAACAUUACCAGAGUGAGCACACUGGGACAGAAGGAAGACAGGAGCUUCGUGACCUCCCAGCUGUUUGUGGCUUUAUUUGUCCUCUCUGUAUGAAGUCUCAUGGAUCAGCAGAGGAGCUGUUCAAGCACUAUGAAGCAGUUCAUAAUUCUGGCAUUGAUUCAACUCAUGGAGGGGAAGGUCAUCUGUCACCAGAAAGAGAUGAAGUCUCACUGCUCCGACAAGAAGUCCAAGACUUGCAAGCUUCGCUGAAGGAGGAGAGAUGGUAUUCAGAAGAGCUGAAGAAAGAAUUAGAGAAAUUGCAGGGGCAGCGGCAGCAAGAAUCUAAAUCUGAUGGAUUGACAACAGCUACAUCUACAGAAUCAUUAGAACGGCAACUAGAAGAGAUCCAAGUAGAAAAUUUUAACAUUAAGCAAAUGAAAGACUUAUUUGAGCAAAAAGCAGCACAACUGGCCACUGAAAUUGUGGAUCUUAAAUCAAAGUAUGAUGAAGAAAUCAGCCUUCGGGAAGGUGCAGAACAGAAAGUGACGAACCUGAGACAAGAACUGCAGAAAGAGAGAAGCACAGUAGAAGACUUAAAGACAGAGCUGCUGCAAAGGCCUGGUGUGGAAGAUGUGGCUGUCCUGAAAAAGGAGCUGGUCCAAGUUCAAACACUGAUGGAUAAAAUGACCCUGGAACGUGAAAGAGAAUCUGAAAAGCUGAAAGAUGAGUGCAAGCACUUGCAGGCAGAGCAGGCUAACUCUGAGGCUACCAUUAACCAAUUAAGAGCUGAACUUGCCAAAGGACCUCAAGAGGUAGCUGUGUAUGUUCAGGAGCUGCAAAAACUUCAAAGUUCAGUCAAAGAGCUAGAACAGAAGAAUCAGAGUCUGACUGAGAAGCUGCUGAAGAAAGAACAGGACUACACCCAGCUGGAAGAAAAACACAAUGAAGUAUCUGUGAGUAAGAAGAAUGUGCAGGCAAGUUUUCACCAGAAGGACCUGGACUGCCAACAGCUUCAGGCAAAGCUGGCUGCAUCUGAAGCCUCGAUACAGAGAUUGCAGACAGAGCUAGGUGAAAAGGCAGAAGCAAGCCUGAAGCUUAAAGAAGAGUUGUCUGAAGUAGAGACAAAGUACCAGCAUCUCAAGGCAGAAUGUAAACAGCUCCAGCAGCAGAGGGAGGAAAAAGAGCAGCAUGGCCUGCAGCUCCAAAGUGAGCUCAGUCAGUUGCACAGUAAACUCCUAGAAACAGAGCGCCAGUUAGGGGAAGUGCAUGGGCGGCUCAAGGAACAGAGGCAGCUGUCCAGUGAGAAACUGAUGGACAGAGAGCAGCAGGUGGCUGACCUACAGUUAAAACUUUCUCGUGCUGAAGAGCAGCUAAAGGAAAAAGCAGCAAAUUCCACAGAAUUGCAGCAUCAAUUAGAAAAGGCAAAGCAGCAGCACCAGGAGCAGCAGACACUUCAGCAAAAUACAACAGCAAAACUACGAGAAGCCCAGAAUGAUCUGGAGCAAGUACUACGACAAAUUGGAGAUAAGGACCAAAAAAUUCAAAAUCUUGAGGCUUUGCUUCAAAAAAGUAAGGACAACAUCUCUCUGCUAGAAAAGGAAAGAGAGGACUUAUAUGCAAAAAUUCAAGCUGGUGAAGGAGAAACUGCAGUUCUUAACCAGCUACAAGAGAAAAACCAUGCAUUACAAAUACAGGUAACUCAGCUGACAGAAAAGCUGAAAAAUCAAUCAGAAAGUCAUAAACAAGCCCAAGAGAAUUUGCAUGAACAAGUGCAGGAACAAAAGGCACACCUAAGAGCUGCUCAAGAUCGUGUGCUUUCCCUAGAAACAAACAUCACUGAACUAACCAGUCAGUUAAAUGAAAGUAAAGAGAAAGUGUCACAACUUGAUGUGCAGGUAAAAGCAAAGACUGAAUUGCUACUUUCAGCAGAAGCAUCAAAAGCUGCUCAGAGAGCAGAUCUACAGAACCAUCUGGACACUGCCCAGCAUGCCCUGCAAGACAAACAACAGGAGUUAAAUAAGGUCAGUGCUCAGUUGGAUCAGGUUACAGCUAAGCUGAAUGACAAGCAGGAAUACUGUACUCAGCUGGAAGCCAGUCUUAAAGAGUACAAAGAAAAAUGCCUUUCUUUAGAACAGAAAACUGAAGAACUAGAGGCACAACUUAAGAAACUUGAAGGUGACAUUCUUGAUGCUAGAGCAAGUAAAGACCAAGCUCUUCAGGAGUUACAGCAACAGCGACAUCAGAACAAAGAAUUAGACCUCCGGACAGCAGAACUGAGUAAACAACUUGAAGCAGCAAGAGAAGCGAUGUCUAAUGCUCAACUGGAUUUGCAGAAGAAAUCUGAGGCCCUUGACCAAGCAAACCAACAAAUUUCAAAGCAGGAGGCAGAAAAGGCCAGUCUCAAACAAAACCUUGAGAAAUCAAAUCAAGAUACAAGUAAACAGCUCAAGGAACUUGAUUGUAAAAUGCAAGCAGCCACAUCAGAGCUGCAACAAGUGAAAUUAGAGAAGGACACUCUAUUAAAAGACCUUACAGAUACCAAAGAUAAGCUCUCAAAAAGCUCUGAGUCCUUCAAAAAAAGAAAGGAGGAAUUAGAAAAAGAAAUUAAAAAAGGAAAGGCAGCUAUGGAAGAAAUGGAAAAAUCUUGCCAAGAAUUAAAACACCAACUUCAGGUACAAACAGAGUCUGUAGCUAAAGAGAGGAAUGAAUUGAAAAACUCACUGGAGAAAAAGGAGGGGAUUUCUAAGCAGUUGUCUAUAGACCUUGAUUCAGCAAGAGCACAAGUACUGGAAAUCCAGAGUCUUCUGAAGGAAAAAGAAAAAAGUGAGCAACAUCUCCAGGGAAAGCUGAAAGAGUUAAAGGAAUCUUUUGAGCAGAAGAAAAAACAUAGUGAAACACUGCAAGCUGAAUUAAAAACUGCCCUUUUAGAAAAGGCAGAGCUGGAGAAUAAACUACAACAGCAGUCUAUUUUGUCAGCACAGGAGCUUAAAGCAGAGAAAGGCAAGCUAGCAGACUUACAGAAGGCCCAUGAUAAACAUAAAGAAAACAUGGAGAAGCUGCAGCUGGAUCUUUAUGGGAAGGAGUCUGAGCUGCUGGCAACCAGGCAAGACCUUAAGUCCACAGAAGAAAAACUUGCUCUAGCUCAAGAAGAAUUAGUUUCCAGCAGGAAUCGAAUUGCUAGCAAUAAUCAACAGAUUCAGGAACUGAAGAAAGCUAAGUCUACUCUGGAGCAGGAUGCAUCAAAGAAAGAACAGCAGCUGGGUGAGAAGACCAAAAUGCUACAAGAUCUUCAGAAUGACAGGAUUUUGAAAGAAAAAGAUUUGGCUAAUGAAAAAUGUAAAACAGCAGAGCUCCAGGAAAUAAGGAACAGACUUGAAAAAGAAAGUGCCAAGCUGGGUGAAGAGCUUAGAGCCUGCAAGCAAGAAUUUGAGAAGGAGGUGACAAAUCUCAAGGAUGGAAACCAGCUAUUGAUUCAACAGAAAUUAGAACUGCAGGGCAAAAUAGAUAAUGCGAAUUCUACUCUGGAACAGGAGAAACAAAAACAUCAAGCUGUCAAAGAUCAGCUGAAAAAGAGAGAAGAAGAGCUGAAGAAAGAAUGUGCUGAAAUUGAAGCCAAACUGCACACAGAGAAAAAAGACAAAGAAGAAGAAAAACGGAAACAUGAGGAAAAAGAGACCAAGCUCACCAUGCAGGUCACAGCCCUGAAUGAAAACCUGGCUACCAUGAAGAAAGAGUGGCAAAGCAGUCAAAGACGAGUGAGUGAGCUGGAGAAACAGACAGAUGAUUUACGUGGGGACAAUGCUGUCCUGGAGGCAACAGUCCAGAAUAAUCAGGAUGAGAGAAGAGCAUUGCUGGAGAGGUGUAUCAAAAGUGAGGGAGAAAUUGAAAAGCUUCAGGCCAAACUUGUAGAAAUGAAGAAAAAGCUGGACAAUACAACUGCUGCAAUGCAGGAACUAGGCCGAGAAAACCAGUCAUUGCAGAUCAAACACACACAAGCUCUCAACAGGAAGUGGGCAGAAGACAAUGAGGUACAGAAUUGUAUGGCCUGUGGAAAAGGCUUUUCGGUGACAGUAAGAAGGCAUCACUGUAGACAGUGUGGAAAUAUCUUUUGUGCUGAGUGCUCAGCAAAGAAUGCCUUAACUCCUUCUUCCAAGAAGCCUGUCCGAGUCUGUGAUACUUGCUUUAAUGACUUGCAAGGAUAACUGGCUAUCGUGAGUGACAAAGAAAUGUUACACUAAAAUUUACUAUUUCUGUUGAUGCACUUCAUUCAGCACUCAGACUACUAUUCAGUUUGGACAAUGAUUGUAACACUUGGCAAAAUCUAGUAUAUUUUAAAAUGUUUAUUGAUACCAAGCAAAACUAUUGUAUUUUUUGUGAGACAUGGGCUCAGAUCAUUCAUAGCUUACUGACAUUCAUCAUGGAAAGAGCUUUUAUGUCUAGAUUAGAAAUAUCCAGUUAUUUGUAAAUAAAGUUUAAACAGAGGAGUAACAAUGUAUUUUUUUAUCAUUUAUUUUUUUGUUCAAGAGAAACAGCAUUUAUGUGAUAUUGAAGUUUAUUCUUGUUUCCUUCAAAGAAAAAGGAAGAUGCAAAAACUUAUGAGGAUUUUAUGUAUCAAAUGUUGCUGUAAAAACAUAACUAAUUGUUGCAUUUGAUUGUGUAUCUGAUGGUCUUUAUAACCCCCUGUGAUUUUGUUUUUUAUUUUCUAUCUCUCUGGUUCUUGUGUUUUUCUCUCUAAAGUUUGAAAUCCACAAUGAGGGUAAUGGACUCAACUUCAACUCAGUUUAUUUGCCCACUUGUAGUGUCAGCACCCAAGUCCUUAUCUAAUACAGCCCUUGGGUGCUGGAAUAUCUCUACACAUACUAUAUUGCAUAGUUGGUGUGUGAGUGCAUCUGUCUUUCUGAGAGAGUAUGUGUGAACAAAUGAUGAGACAAAGUUUAUCUGGCAUUGUAGCAAUAUUAUAUUAUACAUUACAAUAUUUCAUCCCGUAGCAAUUGAUUUCACUUUUACAAAUUUGUUUGACACAUUUUAAUAUUCAAGAAACCCUUGUUUUGUUGUUACAUCAUGUGGGUUUUAAAAAGCAAACAAACAAUGCUGGUAGAAGCCUGUAGCACAUUUCUGCCCCUGCCCAUACCCUGGAAGCACUGAGAGAUCACUUCUGUUCUAAGGGACAUCCAGACCUUCCAAACCAGGCAUCCAACUAAGGAAAAGUAUUUUUUGAGACAGCUGUAGUUUUUCUGGCCUUUUCUUCUGUCCCUUCCCUCAUCUUUUGGUGGAAGAAGCUGAAUUCCUGUAACACCUAACAAACCUCACUUUUCCAUUACUCCAUCUGACCCCCAUUACCAGGGGCUCUAAAGUUAGUUAUGUGAUUUAGUCUGCUUAGAAUGGAAAACUGGCUUUGAUAUAAGCCAACAGCUCUAACAAAGAGGCCGAUAUAUAUGACUAUAAAUAUUUAUUCAUACUUUCUGUACUGGGAACAGAAGUUUCUUGUACAGUUCAUGUAGGUUCCAUACUUCUUUUUUGUUGUUAUUUUGUUUUCACCUCUUCAUUUUUAUUUGCCUGUCUCUAACUUUUCUUCCAUUUGUAUCUGAUAUUUCAAAACCCUUAAGAUUAUUUUUUUCUAAGCAGGGGUUAUGCCUUCCAAUAUUUAGAAAUUUUUUGUCUUAAAUACCCUAAUAAAUUCUCCACCCCUCAAAUGCUUUGAUAUCUUAUCAAGUUUGGCCAGCUGUUCAGAGAAAAAAGUUGUGUUCUGAAUUCCUCUACUUCUUUUCUGAGGCAAGGAAUCAAAUUCUGUUACAAUGAUGGUAGCUUAGUCAUCAUGAGGAAAGAUUUGUUUGCUUUUAUCUAGUUACAGCGCUAUAUGUGAAUGAAGAAAUGUCUUCCUUAUAAAAAACGUCUUGAUUAACUGUCAAGUGAAGAAACUUCAUCCUUCUACUCCAGAAGUAGUGAUCUAUAUGUUUCAUAUCCCCUUUUAACUUACCCAGCAGGUUCUACAUUUGCACUGUCAAGGAGUUUUCUUAAAAUUCAGUUCUUAUUUCCCAAAAGCCAGCUGAAUGAUGUGACUAAUUCCUGUCAUUGUAAAAGAUUUUGGGUUACAACUGUGGUUCAUAGAAAACACUGACCUGCUUUUCUGGUUUGAACUUGAGUUGCUUGCUCCAAAAAGAAAAACUGCUGCAACAGUUCCAUAUGAACAGAGCCUCUGUUUCUCCUCAUCAGUGUAACUGUUUGACUUAAGAAUCUUUUGAAUAGAAAAUAUGAACAGAAUCUCUGCCUCUGGGAAUUUUUUUUUCUAUUUAUUUGUUUACUGAGAGAAACCAAAAAAUUUGCUUUAGAGUCUUUCUUUGUCUGGCUUCAGAAAUGUGGGAAAAGUAGAGACGUGACAGUUGUGCUCCAGCUUUGAUGCUUUUUGCCCUUUUGUGUAACACACAAGAGCCUUGUGCUGUUCUUUGGGUGAAGGACAACCACACAGAACAGGAGGGAUUUUGAGCAGGAAAGGAGAAACUUCCCACAGCUGCCUAUCAAAACACAUGAGGCAGAGGAAGAUGGAGAUCUUUCAGGGGAGCUAGGAAAUUGGUUUGGAGAUUCAGUUGUGUUCAGGCAUUUUGGUUUUGAUUGGGAACAUGUGAAAGCUCAGGAGAGACUUCUGCAGUGAUAGAAGCUCUGGAAGGAAGCUCUAGAAACUCUCUUAAUUCAGCCUUUUGGGAUGCCAUUGUGUGAAGACAAGCAGAGUCUCCCUUCUCAGCUGGCUGCUGAAGCAGUGCAGUUGAUGACUGCAGAUCACACCUUGAAGUGGAGCUCUUCAGCUUCAGGGGCAAAACCAGCUUGAUUUUUGAAAGUUGCUUUUUGCUGGCUAGUUUAUAUAAGCAGCUUUUAGAGGGGAUGGAAAUGCUUUUUGAACACACAUUUGUAGAAAGAGGGAUUGUUAAAAUCUGGAGAAACAGUGGGGUAGAAACUUUCAUGUUUGAGCUUUGAUUCUGCAGCAAUAGAUCAUGAUUUCUACAGCUUUUCACUGUGAGAAGUGAAUUUAUGACUCCAUUGCUGAGUCUUACUCUCCUUGCUUUGUACUUGUAACUCUUAGUGCUGGUCUGCAUUUGUUGACAAGUUGAUGGUAGACUGACUCUAAUACUUGGCUUUGCUGCCAGGUUGGAAGCUGUGUUCAAGCUGAAGAAAAUAUCCCAUAAUAAGGGAAACUGGAAGGUGAAAAGCCAUAUUUACAAAUAUGCUUGCAGAGUCUGACUGUUUUGAUGGGCAUGUUUCAGUAGGAAUGUGGGCUUUUUAUUCCACUGCCUUCUAAGUAACUGGAAAACCAAGUAAAAAGCCUGGUGACUUUUACCACAGUAAAAUAAAGGAUUCCAGGCAAAACACUUUAAUUCACUGAUUUUGCAGAGACAGGAACAGAGGGGAAAACUAAUAAAAUGGCAGAAGAGACUGACUCUUGGAACUGGAGGAUGCAUAGUUAUGUGUUUUUACAGCUUCUAGCGACAGUCAGAUUGCUCUGAUUCCCUGAGGCGUGGCCAUUAUGGAGGAAGAGGUGAAAAUGAUGGCAAAACCAGCACUCAAACCAGAAGGUUUGUGGAAUCCUCAAGCAGUCUUUGAUUACCACUCAUUACUCUGGCAUCAGGAAUGGGACAAUGAAGUGUGGGCUUUGUUCUCGAAACUCUCCCAUCUGCAGGAUACUCCAUCCACAUUCAGAAUUGCUGCAAGAACAGAAUGUGAGAGACCAGCUGCUGCUUCAUGGGCAGAGAUAAGCUACAGAAGCUUUUGUAAGUGUGUAAAGGAUGGUCUUACUAAGGGUGGGGAGAGGUCCUUUUAACUUCCUGGAGACAACACCUCUCUUCCCAGUCAAAGACCCACAGUCCCUUGCAUUUUUGCUCCAUAAAUGCCAAAUCCUGCUGUUCCACUCUGGCCUCAUGUCAGCAGUACAUCAUACUGGAGACAGGUAGCAUUGCAGAGGUCAGUGGCAGCUUAUGAUCUGAGCUGGCUCUGCUUCACUGUUAUUUGUUUCUUCUCCCCAUGUACUCCCUAAUGUAAUCUUCCCCCUUCUGCAAAGGUUGAAUUAGGAGGAUAAAAGUAAUGAGUCACAGUAGGAAAAGUUGCUGUCUGGAGAUGAAGAGACAAAAGGAAUUUUCUGCUGCAGCUUCCAACAGAGGCAAGAGGUUUAGAGGGAUCUCAUUUUUCAGCUGGCUUCACUCUCUGGCACAAGAGUCCAAGACUGUAGGGUGAAAUGUGGGUUUUUGCCUCUGUUUUUGGAAGGUGUCAAGUAACCAAGUUGCCAUGGAGUGUGGAGCACAAGGUACACAAGAACAAUGAGUAACUGCUUUUGUUGGCUUUGGGACUGUUAGGGUUGUUUGUGAAUCCUCACUGGAAAAGCUUUCUUAGUAGUGAAGCAAGAAGGGAUUUGGGAGCAGAAACAUGAGGUAACCUCUCUGUGUUUGUAUUGCAUGAACCAGAACAAUUGAGCUUCUCAUGCUAGAUGUAAGAGAAGUGACAUUCAUAAAGGAACCUGGAAAACUCAACUGCUUUUCUGGAUUGUUAAGUGUCAGUUCACCAUGGAGUGGAAACAAAUACUUGUUGCAAAACUUAAAAAAUUUAUGGCCAGUACUCAGCGAUGGACAGAAAAAUUCUGAACCUGAAGUCCAAAUAGAUUCUAAAUAAUGCCAAGAAGAAUGAUAUCACGGUUUGAAUAUGUAGAAACUGAUAAAUUACUCUUCCAGGUACCACCUCUCCUGCUCUCAUAUUCUCAGAGAACUAGGAAACAACACUGUCAUUUGCACUGGGCACUUUUUGCUAUCUAAGAGAGUCUAUAGUAAGUGGAAUGGCAUCAUUUGCAUUGCAUGUGUUAGCUGUAGUCAUUGGACAGCCAGUUUAUAAUCAGCUGGAUUUUUCACUGUAUACAUUUGGCCCUAAGGAGAACUGCACUCACAGUUCCUUUUACCAAAAACAAAAUCAUCAAAACCAAAACCAAAUCAUCAUCUGAGAGCACAUAUAACAAAAACCAUGUUAGUCACACACGUGUCCUUGUAGAACAAAAUUUUAAGAUUAUAAAGUGAGAAAAAAAAGAAUUUUCCGUAUUUGCAAGGAUCUUGCCUGUUGUCUGUUUCUUUGGUUUUGAAGUCUUGACCUCAGCAUCCAUUUUAGAAUGAGUUUAAAACUAUUGUCCAAAGGUAGCCUCUCCAAAAGGACUAAUUGAUGUACUUUUCAAGACCAGCUAUAAUUGCAUGUAAACCCUGCCAUGGAAAUUUGGGUUUUGUGGUACUUUUUCGGUUUCUUUUUAAAUGGACACUAAAUAAAAAAGUUUGCAUGUUUAGAGAGAAUAUUAGACACCACUUAAAUUCCCAAUAAUGAAGAGUGUAGGUACUAGGUUAUGUAAUAAACUCUGCCUACUGUCUGUAGCUACAACGCUCUCACUAUGCAGUGGAUAGGGAAGUGUGUGUGCAUUUAGAGAUUGAUGAAGCCCUGCUACCCCUUUGGAUCACUGCUGUAUGAAAGCAGGAGCCUGGAAGGCACAUUUUCCUAUUUUCCCUCCCCCUGUGACGGAAACUUAACACUAAAACCAAAUUUGUCUGUAUUUCGGGCUUUUUUCUGGGGUAAAGAGGGCUGGGAAAGGAUGUUCAUUGUUAUAUGUCAACAGGUCAGUGCUGGCAGGUCCAGGCUACUGCUGUUGGCUUUAUGGCAAAAUCCUCCAUUGUAUCACGCUGGAGCUUGAUUCCUGGCACAAAAGGGAUGUUUGAAAGAAUGUCUCGCUGGGUUAGCAAAUAACAAAACUUUUUAUAGUAAUUUCUUCAAAAUGCUGCUUGUAUAGAAAUAGUCACUUUUGUAAGAAAAGAAAAAAAGGAACAAAAUAAGGUCACAUCCCCCCCAUUUGAUGCCAUCACAUAAGAUUUAAUUUAAGCUACCUCUCAAUGUGAAAUUCAAACAUUAGGUAAGUGUAAUAAGGUUUUCUCAUGGUCAUGUUAUGUAAAAGUUAUAGUGAAUGCCAAAAUUGCAAAAGUUUAUCACCAAAAAGGAAAAGAGUUGAGUUGGUUUUUUUUAAUGUGUAUUUGAAAUAAUCCAACAGUUUCAAGUUAUUGUGAAUUCUCUUAAAUUCUUUUAACUUCUGUAGCUUCAGCCUUGCAAACUCUAGCUGCUGGACAGGAAAUAAAUGAUAACCACAAGCUUUCAUAAUUAAGGUCUGCUGGGUAAAACCAAUUUUGUAUGGAGCUUUGUCAUUUGGUUACAGGUAGCUCAGUCACCAAAUGUACCAUUCACUUGGUCAUGUUUUUUUUCUUCAGUACUCGAGAUGUGAACUUGAUGAAUGGUGUUCUGUAAUGGGUGUGUGCCACAAAUCACAUGGUCUCAUUUGCCUCUUUUCUGAUUUUUAAUGAUCAGUUUAUUAUUGCAGAUGUGAAUAUUGUUCAUACAGCUUAAUUUCUGUAUAAUUGUAUAAAAUAUAAAUGGAAAAAAUAUAAGUUUUUACUUGGUAUUUAGAAGUAAUGUAUUAUAAAAGACUUACGUUGCAGUUUUACUUACAGAGUACUGUACUUCUAAACUGGAUCAUACCAUCUUGGUAGGUGUAGAUAGAUUUUUUGCAAGAGUCUGUUUUGGUUUUAUUUCUUUUUAAUUGAAGUUUUAUUCUCUUAAGUUCUGCUUUCAGUGUUUGUGUUUACUACUUGUGAUCAUGUAGUUGUGCCUUACAUUGUGAAAGAAUUUAGUCCAGUGUGCACUGUAAUUCUUAAACUCUGUGAUCUGGAAGGUGGCUGUGGAUUUGAAUGGGAAGGUGACACCAUGCAUCAACGGGUUCUGUGUAAACUAUGACGAAUUGUUGCUGAAAUGUCAUUUUUGUUUUCUAAUAUGUUAAAGGAAUGACUAUUAAUAAAAAAAUUAGACCUUUCUAA